AUGAAGACUGUUACCUUUCUUCUCCUAAUGAUGAUCGGUUGUCUAGGAGGAUUAGGACAGAAGCUGAGACCAAAGAAAAGGAGCAAUGUUGAAGAAAUCCGUUUUCAGACUAAAGCCAAAGAUUCAUGCACAAUGACCGUGACUGGUGAUGAGGAAGUUAAACUCAGAAUUGAAUGCAGAAACCAAGGCAAGUCAUAUUGGUGUGAGUACAUUGGCAAACCUGCAGUUUGUCGUGCUUUCAAUAACAAUCCAAAGGCUUAUUGGAACCAGAUUGCCCUUGAACUUAGAAAACUUCCAAAUGCUUGCCUGUCCACCUCAGUGCUGAAGCCUGCUAUGUGCCAAAAGGCUCCCACAGAUGCUCACAUGAAGCAAGUAGCUUCCAGCUUGAAGCCAACUCGGAAUCCUAGCCAACAACCAGAUACCAACAAUCAGGGGAAGUCGGUCCAGAAAUCAUCAACUUCUCUGAAGCAGGCAGGAAAGAGCUCUAUCAAAAAAGCAGGGAAACCUAGACCAUCUACCCUGCUUCUUAUAAAACCAACCCAGCACAGUCAGGCAUCUGAAAAUGAAACUGAAGCAAUGAAGUUGGCACGAGAACAUUGCUGGGAAUCGCUGCACAAUUUCUGCUCCUACAUCAUCAGCUUCUUUAGAGGCUAAUUACUUCAGGGCAAAUUUUUUACUGCUGAAAAAGAGAUACCUACAGUAGUUUAAUGCAGUUUGUAGACUAAUGGCUUUUAGUUC